AUAUGACAUGGCUGAAUAAGGAUGAGAAAAACAGAGAGGCCCUAGCAAGCAAUCAUCGCCUGUUCUGCUUUUCCCCUGCCGACAAAACUUACCCACAAAAGCUAGCUACACAGAAAACCCACUCCUAAAAAGCUUUGAUCUUUGAAGAGGUUUCGUUGAAGACUGAAGACUUGGUUCAAAUGGCAAGGAAACUUAUGAAGCGUUCAGUAAAGAAAGAAUCGUUUUUCAAGAUCCUGCUUGGUGACUUCUCUAAGCAUCUGCGUAUACCACCUGCGUUUAUCAAGAACUUCAACGGAGGAUCACUUCGCAAAUGUUCUCUUAGAGGCCCAAGUGGGAAAGGGAGGGCUGUGGAAUUGGAAGAGAGAGAGAAUGGCUUGUUCUUCUCUAAGGGUUGGCAGGGUUUUGUGAAGGAUCAUCAUUUAGAAGUUGGGAAUUUCCUGGUUUUCCGUUAUGAUGGUGAAUCAAAGUUCAAAGUCACAAUCUAUGAUAGAAGUGCCUGUGAGAAGGAUGUAGAGGUAGCAGAUAGGGGGAUUGGCAGUUCAGUUCCCAUCGAAAGUAAAGGAAAUCGAGUUAAAGUAAAAGAGGAAAUUAUAGACCUUGAAACUGAAAACUACAACGAAGACUGUGAAAACAAAACAAGUAUUGCUAAUAGAAUAAAUCGCAAUGCCAUGUCUGGAAAGAAACCUACAACUGAUUAUGUAGAGGAAACAUCAAGUGAAUGCAUCUCAUUCAAAUCGGAUAAUCGAUGUUUUAUGGAAACUAUGAAGAGGCAUUACCGAUAUUGCUUGAUGAUUCCGAAGAAAGUAGCCAAAGCUGAAGGUUUUAAGAGUGCAAGGAAUGUAACGCUUCGAGAUCCAAAUGGGAGAUUUUGGCUUGUUAAAAUUGCAAUCCGUUCCAAGUCAUCUUGCAAACGUGUGGAAUUCACCACAGGUUGGGGAGAAUGCUGUCAAGCGAACCAGAUUUCAGUUGGGGACACUCUGGUUUUUGAGUUUGUCAAGCAAAGUGCAAUUCAACUUCAUAUUUUCGGAGUAGUGAAAGGCAAGAGGUGUCUUGUGGUACUCGAUGCCCCCAAUGGUGAAAAUUAAAGCUAGCUGACUCUCGAGUUUCAUAUUGCAAUGUUUUUAUAUAAUAAAAAAAAAGCUUUGACUGCAAUAUUUACUCUAGCAUUUUGAGUAGGCGAUGGUUUUCUUGCAUUGUAUUUUCUUGCAUUGUAUUAUACGUUACGUUUCAUUCCUCAGCCACUAUUUGAUUUCUCUGAAGUUCCUGUCUA